AUGGAAAUACUCGUACUCCUCUUCAUCAUGGGAGCCGUGCUCUUCGCUCCGGUAAUCUGGCUCAUCGUGAACUACAACCGUUUCGUGCGGGUACGUCAGCACAUGAAAGAGAGCUGGUCGGAUAUCGACGUGGAGAUGAAGCGCCGCUACGAGCUGGUGCCGAACCUGGUUGAGACCGUCAAAGGCUACGCGGCCCAUGAGAAGGCGGUGCUCGAAGAGGUCGUCGGCCUGCGGAAUCGAGCCAUGGCCAGUCACGGCUCUGCGGCCGAGCAAGCCGUCGACGAGUCGGCCCUGCAGAUCGGCAUGAAACACCUCUUCGCCGUGGUCGAGAACUACCCCCAGCUAAAGGCCGACACCCACUUCCUCGCCCUGCAGAAAGAGCUGGCCAACACCGAAGACCGCAUCGCCGCCGCCCGCCGCUUCUUCAACGGCAACGUCCGCGACCUCAACAACCUCUGCCAACAAUUCCCCACCAACCUCCUCGCCGGCAUCUUCAACUUCAAACCCGCCGACUACUUCGAACUAACAAGCGACGCCGAACGAGUGGUCCCCCGCGUAGCAAUGGAAGCAGUCACCAAUCAAAAACCCCGGGAAUCGACCGAUCCACGCGAGUGUUCAUCCCCUCCACUCCCCACCCCGUUUCUCGACCUAGACUUGAACAACCCUUCCGUCGGCACUUUCGUUCGAUUCACCGGAGACAGAUUCAUGCGUAACCACCUCAGCUCGAUGCCCAAGACGUUGAUGCUGAUCGCCAUAGCACUGAGCUGCGGUAUCAUCGCCGCCACGGCGAACGCUUGCACGGGCAUCCGCGUGGUGGCCUCCGACGGAUCAGUAAUUCAAGCGCGUACGCUCGAAUUCGGGAUGCCGCUCGACUCGAACGUGAUCGUCGUCCCCCGCGAAUUCAAACGAACCGGCAGCACGCCGGACGGGGCGCCCGGCAUCCAGUGGACGACGAAAUAUGCCAGCGUCGGCGCGAAUGCUUUCGAUCUGCCGGUGAUGAUCAAUGGCGUCAACGAGAAAGGUCUGGCCGUCGGGUUGUUCUAUUUUCCCGAAGGCGCCGAGUACAUGCCGUACGAAAAGCAGGACGCGGAACGAACCCUCUCAGCCAUCGAACUGGGUGGCUAUCUGCUGGAUAACUUUGCCACCGUCGACGAAGCCCGCACUGGCCUCGCCGAACUGGUCGUGCCCGCGGUGGUGCUGCCGCAGAUGGGCUUCAGCCCGGGCGUUCACUAUCUGGUGAUGGACGCGACCGGAAAGAGCAUUGUCAUCGAGUUCACCGGUGGCCAGCCGCAAGUCUACGAGAACCCCUUGGGCGUGCUCACGAAUUGCCCGACGUUCGACUGGCACAUGACGAACCUCCGCAACUACGUCAAGAUGUCGCCGAACCUGGCACCGCCGCUGAAGAUCGACGGGCUAACCCUCGACAGCUUCGGCCAGGGUUCCGGCAUGUUGGGCCUCCCCGGCGAUUACACCCCGCCUUCGCGAUUCGUCCGCGCGGUGGCCAUGAGCCAGUCGCUCGACUCCAACGCAACCGGCCGCGACGCCGUGCUCGACGCCUUCCACGUGCUGAACAAUUUCGACAUCCCCCGCGGCUCGGUCCGCGACGGUGAGAAAGACGCCCACGGCAACGUCGUCUGCGAAACAACACAAUGGACCUGCGCCUGCGACCUCAAAGCCCGCACGCUCUACUUCCGCACCUACGACAACAGCCAGCUCCGCUCCGUCGAACUGACCCAAAUGGACCUCAACGCCCCAACCAUCAAAACCAUCUCCAUGGCCGGCAACGAAGUCAUCCAAUCCCUCACCCCCGAAGACAACUCAGAGAACGUCGCAGCGAAGACUGGCUUAAUGCCUGUCAUUCUUAGUGCUGCCGCGAUCUUCGGAAAGAUGCUCCAACACGGACGAUGGUGGCAUGCGCUGCUGAUCGUCGUCACCUUGAUCGCCCUUGGGAUUACAUUGCGAUGGGUUCUUCAAUCGCAUGCUCUCAAGAAACGACACUCCCAACUUCGGACUGCUGGGCAACCUUUCACUUCGGAAGAACUGGCUGACUACUACGCGAUUCCAGAAAGGUUAGGAGACUCCACCGACCUUUGGCAGGAAGCUGUGCAGUUGGCGGAAGAACAUGAAGACUAUGAGCAAGAAGAGGGGCUGCCCAUUGUCGGGGUCAUGGACAGUCCUGAUUUACCUGCCUUCGGUGAGCCGUGGCUAGAUAGGGUUGCGGUUGCUCAAUUCUUGGAAGGUCAAGCCGCACCGCUCGCAGCCAUCCACAGAGCUGCGCAAAUUGACGCUGACGUAAGGUUCCCGCAUGACUUCGGCCACGACGGAGACGUAGUCGCUGAACUUACCGAUCUAUUCGGGUCUUUACGACGUUGUGAACGCUUGCUGCUGUUACAGGCGUACAUGCGAGCCCGAGACGGGGACAUUGGCGGGAGCGUUCAGUCAUUAGGCGAAAUGUUCGCCGUCGGGAGAGUCCUGGAGGGAUAUCCCUUGGCAGUAGCUUUUUGGGUGCGGAUUGCCAUUAGCGAAAAUGCUGUUUACCGAUGUGCAUCCAUUUUGCCAUUCGUUAAUUCCAGCGACGACAACCUGAAGUCGAUUCAAGGUGAGUUGCGACGUCUUGAUUACCGUCAAGACCUGCACCGCGCCCUGGCCGGCGAACGCGCUUUCAUGCUGAAUAAUUGUGGUCAGGGCUUAGCAGAUGCAACCUCAGUACCGAUCCCUGACAGCGCUGCAUGGUAUUUCGAACCUGGCAUUCAAUUGCGGAUUCUCGAGUAUCUGGAUAGACUUCCCGAGCUGUCGCAAAAGCCAUGGCCAGAUGUACUUUCCUACGUUGCGAAGUUCGAGAACCACACGCCAAGCAAAUUGAGUUUGACCGACAUUGUUGUGGCAGACUCACUGCCCGUGUUGGCCGGUACAUUUUCCCGUGCGGCACAGGCGGAAGCACGGGCUGCAACGCUUGACGCGGCGAUUGCCACGGAACUCUUUCGUCGAGAGCAACAGCGUUUGCCAACCGCACUGCAAGAAUUAGUGCCAGAAUACUUGCCUGAAGUGCCAAGCGAUCCUUUCGCCGCCGGGCCCGUGCAGUACAUCAUCGGUGAAGAUGAGUUUCUGAUAUACAGUGUGGGCGAAGACGCAAUCGACAAUCAGGGCCACGUGGACUACGAACCCGAGGUCGACCCCCAAGACAUAGGUGUGCGAUGGCCGCUAAUGCAUGAACAGUGA